AUGCUCAACCAGGCGACCAAGAGCUUCAGGAAGAUGCACGCGCGGCGCAACCCGAACAACCUGACAGUCGGCUCCACGGCGUCGUACAGCCAGCUCAGCCCCUCCAUCACCUCGGCGACCCUGCUCUCGCCCAACGUUGCGUCCAGAAGAGGCCUGCUGGGCCCGAGUCCCCCGCCCAGUCCUAGCCUGCCGAGCUUGAUCCCCAGACAUGGGAAGAAGCAGUCGUCGACGAGCCAGACGAGGCUCGUCAAGCGGCUGCUGAUAGGCGGAUGUGGUGUCGCGGUGCUCAUUUGGCUCAUCCUGCGCCAGAUGUACGCGCACCACCAGCAGGCUUCGCCGUAUGAGGAGGCGGGGGAGUGGGAGAUGGUGGGGGGGAACCUGCUGCCCGAGGAGCCGUCGGCCGUCAUCGUGCAGGAUGCAAAGGGCAAGUCCAAGUGGACCGUGUCGAUCCCCGCGAGUUACGAGUUCCCGCUCAAGCCGCAACAUUACCGCGAUAUCUGCGGGCAGUCGAUGGAGUUGCAGGCGCAGCUGCGGGAGGAGGCGCAGGGGAAGAGCGGCAUUGCGAGGAGGAUGUUGGAGUACUACCAGAAAGACCAGUACUAUGUUGAUAUCGGGGAUGCCGAGGCGCAGGCGUUGCUGCCAAAGACCAAGCCGAUGGCCAGGCCGAAGGGAUUCGUGGAUGACACCGCGAUUGCCAACAAAGAAUCCACGUACGGCCAGCAGGUCUGCGACAGGACGCUCACAUAUGUCAUGGAGACGAGUGAUGCUGGAUUCGGUAACACGUUGAUGCGCCUGUGGAUGUCGUACGGGCUCGCAAUGGCGGAGAACCGCACUUUCUUCAUUGACGACACACGAUGGCCCUACGGCAAAUACUCCACCUUCUUCCUCCCCCCGCCCGCCGCAGGCUGUCUUCCCCCUCCCCCCUCGCACAUGACACCCUGCCCGCACAGCGCGCGCCACCUCGUCGUCUCGGCCGCAACCGUAACCUCGACCUUCGGCCACGCCUUCACCGAGGAAUACGAAGACCCGACCAAGCAGUACGUCCAGCGGCAGCGCAAGAUCUUCGCCCUCGUCCGCACGGGGUACGAAACGCUCUUCAAGCUCCGCGCCGACGACGCAACCUACGUCCUCGACCGCACGCGCGCGCUGUACGAUCCCAUCAAAGCAGACGGCGGCCUCAGCAUCGGGCUGCACGUCCGCCGGGGCGACAAGCACCCGUACGAGUUCCAGUACCGCGAGGACUACAUCCCGCUGGCGCGCUACAUGGACACGGCGCGCGACCUGUACAUCUCGCGCAUCGAGAGCAAAGCUGCCAAGUCGAGAUCCACGUCUGCGGCCGACGAGAACGCACUCGCCGCGAGACACACGUCCAGCAAGCUCGUCCUCGCCUCCGACGACCCCACCGUCUACGAAGCCGGCGAGCUCGGCCCCAACGCGCUCCGUGCCCAGGACCGCAUCAUCCUCGCCACAAAAGCCGCGCUCGAGGCCGCCCAGGGCAAGAAGAACCCCUGGAUCGACGAGAUCACGGGCUGGGAGGGCGGCUUCUAUCGCGACGUGUUUUUCAGUCUCGGUCAGCCUAGUAAGGACGCGCAGGCGCCGCACGACCCGGCCAAUGUCCCCGAAUCGGCGAGGAGCCUGAGGGAGCUCGUGGGCCGCGCGUAUUUGAUGGAUCUGGCGGUCGUGGGGGCCGCGGAUGCCGUGGUGUGUACGGUUAGCUCGGUGGGCUGUAGGAUUCUGGGGGUGAUGGUGGGGUGGGACAGGGCCUUUGGGAAGGGCGAGGGGAAGGGGGACUGGGUUAACGUGGAUGGCGAGUUUGAUUGGAGGGGGAUUGUGUGGUAG